GCCUGCCGGGAGCUCCGUGCGCGAUGGCUACACCCAGUCUGCGGGGCCGCCUGGCUCGGCCUUGGAACUCGCGGAAGCCUGUACUGAAGCCCAAUAAACCCCUCAUUCUAGCUAACCGCGUAGGGGAGCGGCGCCGGGAGAAGGGCGAGGCGACUUGCAUCACGGAGAUGUCGGUGAUGAUGGCUUGCUGGAAGCAGAAUGAAUUCCGCGACGAUGCGUGCAGAAAAGAGAUCCAGGGCUUCCUUGAUUGUGCCGCGAGGGCUCAGGAAGCCCGAAAGAUGAGAUCAAUACAGCAAACCCUGGGAGAGUCUGGGGGUUUACCUCCAAAGAAAUUGAAUAAGUUGUUGCAGAGGUUUCCUAACAAACCUUACCUCAGCUGAAAAUGGAGAAGCAUUUUCAAUGAUUGAACUAUAGCUUCUGACAACAGAGGCAUUUUAGAGAUGUUGGCAUUGCCAUGCUGUCUUUGGAGGGUAGAAGAGGCAAAACACUUUUUUCACCCUUUGGAAUCAUAAUGUGGGUAGAAGUCAUGAUUUAUCUUGAAAUAAAAUCCUCUGAAGAGAA